CAUCGAUCGCCACGAUGUCGCCGUCGCCGUCGCCGUCGCAGACGGGCGCACCACCGCGGCGCGUGCUGGGCCCCACGAUGCCCGGGUCUGGGCCUGGCGUUGAGCAGGAGGCAGGAGACGCCGAUGCGCCGGCGCUGAGCAAGGCCGCCAUCGACUUUCUCGAGCGCGAGAAGCGGAUCCGCGACGGUGCCCAGUCGUCGUCGUCGUCUUCGUCUUCAGCAAACGCGGGACAGCCGAAUGGAAAGCGGCCCGACUGGAUGGUGGUGCCGCCGACGCAGCGGCUGCUCGACGAGGAGAUGGGCGUGCGGUCAAAGGGAAAGGGCCCCGGCGAGGAGGACGACGACGAAGAAGAUAACAUCGACGACGAGGAGCGCGCAGAGCGACAGCGGCUGCGAGAGCGCGACGAGGAGCUCGCACGGCGCGUGGCAGAGCACGCAGAGCAGCGCGGGCCCUCGCUGCUGGAGCAGCACCGCCAGAAGCGCCGCGACGAGCUCAGGGGCAAGGUCGGCGGUGCGACCAAAGACCGGGGCCGCUCUCCAGACGGCGAGGUGAACGCCGACGAGGAGAGGCGGAGCGCGAGAAGGGACCGCCGCUCUCGCUCGCCUGAAAGCAGCGGGAGAAGGCACUCGCCAAGCAGUAGCGGGAGGAGAAGUGAUGCAAGGAAGAGCGACGGAAGGAGGAGCGACGGAAGAAGGAGCGACGGAAAGAGGCGCUCCCCAGACAGCGACGACGAGCGAGAGGAGCGGCGGCGGCGAGAGAGGAGGCGGGAAAAGGAGCGAAGAAGACGAGACGAGGAGGACGAGGAUGAGGAGCGAUGGCGGCGGGAACGCAGGCGGCGACGGGAGGAGCGAGAGCGCGACAAGGACAAGGACGACGACGACGGCGAGCGACGGCGAGAGAAGCGGCGGCGACGCGAGAAGCGCGACGCAGAGAGGAAGGAGGGCAGAAAGGAGGACAGAAGCGAGGACAGCACGCGCAAGAAGACCGACGAGGAAAAGAUGCGGGAAAAGGACAAGAGGCAGGAGCAGGAGGGCCGCGCCCCGAUGAUGGUCUGGGACCGCGACGCAGCCAUGAAGGUGGGCAGCCGCCUCAUGGGCGAAAAGGAGCGCCAGCGCGCCCUCGCAGACGCCAGUGCCCUCUCGGGCCGCUUUGGCGGCGGCCGCUCGCGCUUCCUGUAGCGGCUCGCUUCCCGUAGCAGCUCGCUUCCCGUAGCAGCCCGCUUCCCGUAGCAGCCCGCUUCCUGCAGCAGCUCAUGCCAUCUUAUUCACUCAUCGACAACCACUUGUGUCUCAUGCCAUGUAUUUCUGCUGCAAUGUAUGCGCACACUCAACACUCGAGAAACUGGCGCGGCCGUGUGAGGCACGUGA